GGUGUAGUAAAGACGUGAGAUUAGACUUGUUUUUUAUUAGUGAGGGUAAAAACCGACGGCAACUUAAUCUCCGGGAGGACUUUAACUUAAAAUUUAUAUUUUCGUACUUAACUUUUAACAAUAAACACAUGAAAAUAUUAUUGAAAUAUCAAUUAUCUUGAGUUUAUAAUUUUUCAUAUUCAUAUAGUAGUCCCGGCGGAAAAGUCGUCCUAAAAUGGAUAGCGGGGGUAUAGGAAAUACGUGCUAACUAAUGGUAGUGGGAGGACGACUUUUUCGCCGGUCCUAAUAUACUUUUAUUGUAUGAUUCGUUUGAUUUUUAUUACAAUGCUGACGUUGAGAGAAUCUUCAAUAAAUCAUAACCUUUCAAUAAUAAAUAUGUUAUGGUUGAUAUAAUAAUUUUAGAAUACAUGUCAUAUUCUAGUCUGUAAAUAAUUAUAUUAUUACAUAUAACGUCAAUUCAUGGCAUAAUAGAUUUAUUAAACUAAAUAAUAAAAAUGUUUUUUUAUCGAGUUGUUAUAAUAUUAAUAAUUCUAUCAAUGAUAGAAGGCAAAAAAAAAUAUGACAAAAAGGAUUUAGUAACGUUGAAAGAAGAGGUUCGUUCUAUGUUUGAUUAUGCUUAUUCAAGUUAUUUGAACUAUGCGUAUCCUUAUGAUGAAUUAAGAUCUCUCAGUUGUGAUGGUUUUGACACAUGGGGAAGUUUUUCGCUUACUUUAAUCGAUGCACUGGACACUUUGGCUGUUAUUGGAAACUUUAGUGAAUUCCGCCGUAUUACUGAGAUUAUAAGCACAAGAAACGAUUUUGAAGCAAAUAUAAAUGUUUCUGUAUUUGAAACAAAUAUUAGAGUAGUAGGUGGACUUUUAAGUGCCCAUUUAUUAAUAAAAAAAGCCGGGAUGACUUUGCCACCCGGGUGGCCGUGUAACGGGCCAUUAUUACGACUUGCUGAGGACAUGGCUAAAAGACUUAUUGUAGCCUUCGACACACCUACAGGAAUGCCUUACGGUACAGUUAACUUAAAAUAUGGUGUCCCAAGUGGAGAAACUACUAUAACAUGUACUGCUGGCAUUGGAACGUUUUUACUUGAAUUCAGUACGUUAUCAAGAUUGACCGGUGAUCCGUUAUAUGAAGAAGUAGCUAUGAAUGCUGUUAAAGCAUUACAUUAUUACAGAUCAAAGAUAGGACUUGUAGGUAAUCACAUAGAUAUUUUAACUGGCCAAUGGACAGCUCGAGAUUCCGGAAUAGGUGCAGGAGUUGAUUCUUAUUUUGAAUAUUUAGCAAAAGGAACGCUUUUGCUCCAAAACCCUUUUUUAUCUGAAAUAUUUCAUGAUUAUAAAGCAGCGAUUGAGAAAUACAUCCGUCGAGAAGAUUGGCAUUUAUGGGUAUCCAUGACUGAAGGUCAUGUCACUCUUCCUGUUUUUCAAUCACUAGAUGCUUAUUGGCCUGGAGUCCUAAGUCUCUUUGGAGAGACAAAUGAUGCUAUGAAAUCAUUACAUAACUACCAUCAAGUAUGGAAGCAGUUUGGUUUUACACCAGAAUUUUAUAAUAUUGCUCAAGCUGAAGCUGGAACUAACAGAGAAAGCUAUCCUUUACGACCUGAACUGAUUGAAUCUGUCAUGUAUCUAUACAGAGCUACUAAAGAUCCUUAUCUCAUUCAAGUCGGCGCGGAUAUAUUAAAAAGCUUACAACACAGUGCUAAAACUAAUUGUGGAUAUGCAACUAUUAAUGAUGUACGGGAUCAUAGGAAAUCGGAUAGAAUGGAAUCUUUUUUUCUUGCUGAAACUACGAAGUAUUUAUAUCUUCUUUUUGACCCGGAUAAUUUUAUUCAUGGUAAUGGAAAUAGUGGAGAAAUCAUUAAAACACAAUGGACUGAAUGUGUAGUUGGUGGUGGAGGUUAUAUCUUUAAUACUGAAGCUCAUCCCAUUGAUCCUGGCGCUCUUGCAUGUUGUAGACCAGUUCAAAGUUUUUUCUCAACUCGAUCAAGUUUUAAAAAAUUAAGUGAUCAUCGUGCAAAAAUUAAAGAAUACAAAAAAAAAAAUAUUUUGCCAGGUACAGAAUUAAACUCGGAACACACCCAAAUGGAAAGUAAUAUUAUCAUACAAAAAGAUCAAGAUUCACUUCAAAAUAAUAUCGAAAAAAUAGAAAAUGAAAGUUUUUCUGUUCUUACAAAACCUAUCGUUACUAAGGUCGAUAAAAUUUUAAAUUUUAAUGAGAAUGUAGAAAAUACAAAAACUGGCAUACACGUUACUCAAGUAGUAAAUUCCAAGGCAACCGUUGAUGAAGAUUUAAAAAAAAAUGAAUUCAUUGCUCAGUCUCUACUUGAAAGAAUCCGAAGUAAGAAUAUGUACCCUAUUAAUUCAACAAUUAAUGAAAAUUAUCAAUUUUUAUCAUGCCAAUCUCAACCAUUUCUACAACGUAUUUCUAUUAUUGGAGAAUUUUUUUAAACCAAAGUACUUUUUUUAAUGAAAUCCAAAAAAACUGUAUAGUAUUUAUCACAAGAAGAAAAAAUGGUUGAAUUAUAUUGAAUACAAAAAAAUUGAACGAAAAAUCAUUCAAUAUUUUUAUUAAUAUGAUAUCUAAGAAAAAUUUCAUCUGAAUUUUUUUGAUCGUUACCUUCAAUUAUAUACU